AUGACAACUGCUCCAGUACCACCUUCAAAUCAAGAACAAUUUGUAUUAGUAUUACUUGCAAUAUUUUUACCACCAUUAGCUAUAUGUUUUGCUAAAAGAUCAAUUUUUAAUAAAGAAUUCUUGGUUGGAUUAUUAUUAACAAUAUUCGGUCAUUUACCUGGUUUGAUUUUUAGUUUAUAUUAUCUUUUAUGUAUAUAUUUUCCAGAAAGAAGAGGUGAAGUUGAUGGUUAUACAACUUUAAGAGAUGAUGAAGAACAUAGAUUAGGUGGAGAUAAUAAUGGUAAUAAUAAUAGAGACGGAGAUAAUCAUAAUCAUAAUCAUCAUCAUCAUGAUCAUAAUGAUACUGAACAAAUUCAUGGUUUUAUUCAUCAUCAAGGUUCACCAAAUAAACAAUCUAAACAAAAACCAUAUAGAGAUAAUGUACCAGCUGGUGAUUCUGAUAAUAUUAAUGCACCUUUAUUAAAUGCUAAUGAUUUACCUGCUUAUGAUGAUAUAAUGGAUUCAACAAAUAAAAAACAUCAUCAUCAUGAAGAUAGAAAAUCUGGUGGAGAUAAUAAAAUACAACUUUAA